AUGCCAAGUGGGCAGCAGCUUGUCAGCUGUUUUUGGCCGUUGGUCGGCUUCAUCUCCAGUCGCCGGAUCUGGGCAUGCGUGCCAACCCGACGGAUAGAGAGGAGGACCACUCGCGUCGUCUCAGUGAGUGUUUGCAACCCCUGCCAGUUUUUGUACGCUUGCGUGUCGCCAGCCGGAACAGAAGCUUAUUGUGUAAAAAAGCUCUCCACCGUCAUCACCCUCGGCCACACUACCACACCAGCACAGCACCUUAGCACCACCGACACCGACAUCGCCAUGCCAUGCCCAUAA